ACGCGAGCCGCAGUUGAGCUCCCUGACGUUGGCAGCGCGCGGCGUUCGCGCUUGCCGCGCUCACCGACAGAUGGCGGCCGCGCGCGAGCGGCGCGACAUCUUCCCGCGGCCGCGGUUACUUCGGCCAGUGUCCCUCGAGCGUUUCGUCGCGCGGUCAAUUUGCGCGCGGGACCGCGAUUCAUCGUCUCGUUCGUUCCCACGUCGCGCACGCUUUCGUCGCCCCGCGGUCCGGAAUCGCGCCGUCGCCGACGCGGAAGCACGCGGGCGCCCGACGCCGGGGAUCCGCUCGCGCGCUCGCCCGACCGGUUUGAAUCGCGCGGCGCACCGAGAGCGCCGGAAGCGCGCCUGGGUUCGAGGCUCGCUCGCUCGCGAGUCCGUGGAUGUCGACCUUUGUUUUGUACGAAAGUAAUGGCUGCCAUCUCUAGUUUUCGACUGAUGUUUUCCGUGGCGAGAGCGAAUUCCCGUGUUUACCGCGGUAUUUAAUAACGCAGGAUCGCAUCGCGCAGCGCGUCGGCGUCGGCCGCGAUGUAAACGGUGCUCCGGCGCGCGUCGUUUCGGCUGCCUCAGUGUCAUUUCCGCCGAAAAAUGCCUGUGUUUACAUCCGAGUUACGAGCGAGCUUCUGCAUCCCUGUCACAUUAAGCCUAUGGUCCACGGUCCUCAAAUAGCCGAAUCGAGAACUAGACUUGGUGAAGCCGGAACCGGGCGAGGACGACAGCCAGCAGUCCUUGGACCGGUCGCGCAACUCGCUCGCGAGUUUCCACUUGGCGUGCUCCCGUAAGGCUACCAAAACGUCGACCCCAUCGGUAAUCAAGUUAUCGGGGGGUGGAACAGCUGGCAGUGGGGAGCAACUGUCCCCAGGGCCUGGCCCACCUCCCCCGGUGUCUUCGUUGAUCGGUGGUGACGGUCACGUCAGCGAGGAGAACGCGAGAGCCGCAGAAAGCAACGAUGACGAAGCGGAGCAAACUGCCGUCUCGGCGGCAACCGGACCGGCCAAGUCUACGUCCGCGGACGUGGAGAAGGAAUGCGGCCAGGCUAACGAAACCACCAUGAGUUUCGUUCUAAAGCUGGACGUGGAGGCCGCGGCGGCACCGGUGAUGGAGAACGCGACGAAGGACGGCGUCGAAAGUGACGGACCACAGCCGCCGACGUUGCUGUUCGCUCGGGAGAUAUGGCGGUCUCAGGAGCCCGUUGCCGUCGCUACUGGCGCUAUCACGACGACAGGGAACGCCGUGGUAAUCGCGAGCGGAGGCAGCGGCGACAACGCCGCCGCGGCUACCAAUGGCGGCAAGUCGCAGCUGUUGCAGUGUCUGGAGGCGACGGGCAACAACCAGGAGCAGCAGCCGACGUCGGUCAUCACUGCGUCCACUCUCACGACGGUGAAGCCUGUUGUGACCUAUCCGGUCGCCAAAGGCGCCAGGGAGCAGGUGCACCGAAUGAUCGCCAGCUCGCAGACCAACACCACGGAGGUGUUGACGACACGCGUUAUUUCGCAGAAGCUACCGCCUUCGUCCACCGAUCAGGCGCAGUCUGCCCCGGUGACCCUCAACAUUUCCUCUCAAACAUCGACCAACUCGACGUCCUCACCGUCUCCCAAUAGUAGCGGCGUCCCCUGCCCUUGGCAGGCAACCGUGACUGCGGUACAGAGCCCUCAUCAGCCAAUGUAUCAGUCGAAGAAUCCGGCUGCGGUCGCUGACCUUAUCCAUUGUAACAAGCAGCAACAGGUAACGGCGGCGAGCAGUGUGCAAACCACGUUGCAUCACAAGCUACAGCCAGUAUACUCCAUGAGCACCUCUACUACGACGGUGAAGGCAAAGGAUUUGCAAAGGUAUCACACGAAACCGUUGCAAAGCAUCGUCUCAACUAGUCAAUCUACGCAAAAGAUCAAGGCCGUGGCGAAUGUAAUCAGUCCAGCUACUAUGCUCGCACAACUCAAUAAUUCCCUGUCCAAGUCACAGAGCGUGCCGAAGACACGAGUAUUGACACCUGGUCAGUUCAUAAACAAUCAAACGAACGCGAACAACGCAAACCCGCAGAAGAUUCAGCUGGGCAAUUCGACGAUACAGAAGACGCAACCUGCCAAUGUGACAAAUGUGCAGAAAACAACGCUCCAAUCUGUCUGCAACAAUCAGAAAGUUCCGGUGUUGAGCGGCAACCACCUUCCAAAUCUCAAGACGCAGCAGCAUGGUUUGCAGAAGUUGCAGGUGCCUCAGAAGAUAUCGCUGGCCGUCGGCAGGCCGCAGUUCCAACCGAGCGCGCAGCAGAUGAACAAUGUCUCGAAAUCUAAUAGCCUUGUAACCGGUGUACAAAAGUAUCAGUCACCUGGGCAUUACAUGGCGUGUCAGCAAGCGGUGGUAUCUCAAACGAGGACUCAAUCGACGGCAACCGGGCUGCAAAAAUCUCAGACGUUGACGACAGUACAAACCACCAAGUUGCAAACCGCGACGAGUAACGUCUGCAAGAGCAACAGUGUGCCGAAUGUUUCGAAACAAUCGCAAGGCACAAACGUAAUCACGCUGGGCAAGCAGCACACGCAGGUGCACCCUGCGCCUGCGCAGUUGUUACAGGGUUCGCAGCAAAUAAUUCAAAAAUCUCAACAGCAGCAAUCAGCAAACGCGAAUAACGUACAGAUUCAACGAAGUCACAGUGUUACUAAUGUGCACUCAAAGGUGAUAACGUCUGUACCGAACAAUCAAAGAACUCCGGUUGUGAUGAACUCGAAAGUUCAACAGCAGCAGCAGCAGCAACACACGGUGAUGAGGGUAGGGAUAUCGAAGGGCCAGACGCAAGCUGCACAAACUGCAACAGGUCUAAAGACUAUCUCGCAAAAACCUGUAGUAAACACUGUCAAGGCUACUGCGAAUUCCCAAAAUAAUGUCAUUCAGCAGCCUGUGGUGCAGAGAAAUAACAAUCCUCUUCAAUCCGUGAAAAUCGUUCAACCACCACAGCAACAGCAGCAGCAGAAUGUAAUCAGUCCGCAAAACGCGCCGCAAAAACAGCCUGGGUGCAUCAAAACUAUUCCGCCGCAGAAACCCGUGCAGAGAAAUCACACUCAGAAAACCGGCAGCGUUGGUGUUAAACCCGCGUUGAGUCCAAAUGUAACGGGAUUUACGAAAGCUCAAGGCCCGACUGCGACGCAAGUAGCACCGAAGACAUGUAUCAAAACCCUACUGCCGCAGCAGACGGUGAUCGCAUCGUCCAACGUGAUGGCUCCGCACAAAAACUCGCCGAUUAAGAUCCACCAGCAAGCGAUACAGCAGAAACAACUGGUCAUGACGCCGCAAUACACCCAGCAGAUCCGGCAACAGGCCGGGCAAAUAAAAACCCUGUUCCCGCUAACCUCGGCUACGAUUGAACCUCGUAAAGACCUCACUGAGAACAAAAACGACAACGAGUCGCGGAUGUCCAAGGAAGAGGAGCAGAGCACCCCUAAAUCGCCAGUAAGAAGAAUGCCGCUUCCUUACGAGUGUCUUCAGUUUGUUCUUCAGGACCAUAAUUAUGGAGCGCCACCGCCAAGAACACCCCCGCCGCCUCCAUCGCCACCCCCUCAUCCGAAGCAACAACCCAUUAAUGGAGCCGGCAGUUCCACAGCUACCUCGCAACAUCCUUACAUCUUUGGUCCUGUUGUGAGCAAUACCAAUGUGGAGGAUGAUGCUGCCAGCGCAAUCAGUAGUGAAGCAGGACGGGAGGCGGAACCGGAAGGUGAAGAAACGGAAACAGCACCCGAAGGCGAGGGUGACGACGAGGACAGUGUUACUAGAUGUAUCUGUGACUUUGAACAUGACGAUGGAUACAUGAUAUGCUGUGACCGAUGCUUAGUAUGGCAGCACGUCGAUUGCAUGGGCAUUGACCGUUCAAACAUUCCUGACGAAUACCUCUGCGAGAGAUGCCGGCCGCGACGAGUGGACAGACAGCGGGCGCGCGCUUUGCAGAUGCGUAAGCGCGAGGAGCUUCUCAAUUCGGAUACAUCGUCCGACACGUCGUCCACCAGUUCGGCGGAUACGGACGUCGGCUCGAUGAACAACGCCACGACGCAGAAGAAACGCUCGCUUUCGCAGCAACAACCGCAAGUUCCGAGGCGCAACAAAUCCGACACGUCCGCUCAGUCGUCGCAAGUACGAAGAUUAAACAAUAACAACAACAACAAUAACAACGUUGGGAAGAGGCAGAGAAGGGACUCCCAAGCCCGACAACCGAGCGUCGUCCGCAAGAAGGAGAACACUACCCCGAAACGAGGACCUGGAAAACGUAAGACCAAAAGGAGAACGAGUCUCGAGGACAAAGAGGAGGAUGUGCAAAAUGCCUGGAGCACCAACAUGACGCCCCUAAGACAAUGGAUCGAAGAUUACGAAGAGAUCGUUACGAAUCAUUAUAGUCCCGAGUUGCGAGCCAGGAUAUCGAAUAUCAAAGUCAACGGCACACAAAGUGAUCUCAGGCAAAGUAACAUGAAUGUUGUUGCCACUGGUAAAUCCAGACUCAAUGUGCACAGCAAUAAUCUUAAAUUUUUAGUGGCGACAAUGUAUCUUCCGCCAAACACCCCCGUCGUGGAAUUACGCGGCAAAUAUAUGCUCAGCACGCAACACCGACUACAGUAUACACAAAGCGGGAGGCAGCACGUACAACGGCCAGGACCGUUUGUGUUUUUCUAUCGCCUGCCACGCGACGGCACCGAGGUGUGCGUAGACACGCGGGCGUACGGAAACGAGGCGAGGUUCGUGCGGCGCAGUUGUAAGCCGAAUGCCGAGGUGAAGCACUGCAUCGAGAAGGGCACGCUGCAUCUCUAUAUUGUGACGACAUGUGCAAUCGAGAAGAACGCCGAGAUAACGAUCAAACACGAGCAGCACGAUCUGCUGCUGUCACCCAAUUCCAAUUCCCCCGCGCUGCCCGUUGUAUGCGCGUGUAACAAUCCGCGGGAGUGUCAAAUCGCGAACGCGGCGAGCCAGCUGAGCAGAAGAGGUAGCAACGGCGCUCUCGUCGAAAAUGCCGAUGGCAGAGAACGAAGGCGGCGGGGUAGAAGGAACACAGUCUGCGAAGAAACCGAUUCCACGCCACCGGCAGUCCCGCCUACGAGUGUCACGCAAACCACCACAACCGCAACGUCGUCUGCGCCGUCGACGGUGACUCCUGUGACCCCGAAGAAAACCGUCACGACCACGGUUACGACUACAACGGCUCGCCAAGUUGCCAAGGAAGAUACCACCGCGACGGUGACGACCACUCAACCUCAAACGUCGCCCAGUUUGAGUCAGUCGGUGACGACGACGCCGGAAACGAAGAAAGAUAAAAAGAAGAUGACGCGGGAAGAGAGGAAGAUGGAAGCGAUCAUGAAGGCCUUCGAGAGGCUAGAGAAGGCGGAGCAGAGGAAGCAGGAAGUACAAGCGAGAAAUGCGCAACGGAAAGAAUCGGGCGGUACGCACAGCGACAACGAGGAUAAUCAUUCGUCGACGGGACAGUCCAAAAAUAGUAAGACGAACUUGGAGAGACCGCUGCGGCGAAGGAGGAGAAAAGGUCGGGCGAGAACGACAAGCUCGUCUCAGGGCAGCGGUCGAAGACCGAGAUUGAACUCGGCCGAGUCCGACGUAUCCUCCGGGGAUGAGAGCAAUUCCAUGCAGUCACCGCCUCUGUUGGGUCAGAAUCGUCCGCUCAGCCGAGACGUUCCCUACUCAUCGCACUUGCACACUCCGACCAAGAGCACGACGGGCAAUAUUAGCACCGGAUCGUCCGGUAGCCACCAAGGAAUUCCCACUGCGGCUGGCUUGCUGCUGGCUUUGGCAAAUUCGAACGCUCCUGGUCCGCCGAGCUCGCCGCCGUUACAACAACCUACUCCCGUCAAGAGUCCUACUUGCGACAGUGGAGCCAGCAGUAGCUCGCAGAGCUCCACGCCAUCGACACCGUUGUCGUCGGCCUGCUUGCUAGUGGCCGCCGCGGUCGGCCCGUUGGCUCCCGGUUUCAAGUUCCCAAAGACAAAGAAGGUGCUGAUGAAUGAAUGGCUGAAGGAAUCGCCCGAUCCGCCACAAGCUAAUAUACCUCAAGUGUCGCCUCUGUCUGCUCUACCAUCCGCCGGUCCGCCAGUUCUACAAAAUUCCAUGAACCCGCUGUGCGGCAGGCAUUUCCCGCCAACGCCAGCAGAAACAUCGGCGGAUUUCCUGUCGCAGAGUUACGCGGCCAAGAGCCUAGCUACCCUUGUGCAAGCUGCCAACUCGGUUAGCGGGAUAUGCGACUCGCCGCCGCAGCGUAGACAGCAACAGCAAGCGGUUCCUGGUAAUAACAACAACAACAACGGCAACGGUGGCUGUCCCGCUGUAUCCUCAGGCUCGGCGAAGAAGCGAUGGUUGCGCCAAGCGAUCUCUGAAGAGUGCGAUUCGCCCAAUAGCCGGCCUGAAAGCCCACCGUCGCUUAUCGAGACGGUAGCACCGCCCAAGAAACGGAGAAUAGCUCGGGAGAGCUUGUCAUCGGACAACUACACCCCGCCGACGACGCCGACCAUGCUACUUCCGAGCGAAGCAGCGCCUAACCACAGAUUACUGUGCUCUGCUGACGAUGACUAUAUGGAACAUGUGCAAUCACCUAUCGUAGAACAGAUCGACGAAAAACACUACGAUUCAGAAGCUGUGAAAGAGGAAAUCAAAAUGGACGAUAGACCUGUAGAUUCUGACAAACCUGAUCGAGAGAAACUCGCAAUUGAUAUUCCUCAAUCAGAACUUUAUAUAAAACGCGAAGGAAAAACAGAAUGCUCUGAUAUCGUUAAAACGGAAGUGUCUUGUGAAAUGGACGCGGAAAAUGUUACGACGAAGAAGGAAAAAGUUUCUCCGAAGUGGGAGGGAGAUGAUACGAAAUCUGAAUGCAAUUACGAUCAAUUAAAUCAGAAAAUAAUAGAGACAAUUCGAGAGGCCGUCGAGAAAGUUAAGAAAGAGUCUUUCGUGAAGGAGGAGGUUGUCGCUAAAGGCACGGUCGAGAUAAUCGAUCAGAACGAACCCGAUACCGAGAUGGAAGAAUUCAGUUCUCCCAUCGCCACUAUAGAGCCCGACGCGAUUCUGAAACAGCGAGUGGUCGAGAUGCAGCUAGAGUUUGGCGGUGCCAUCUCCGAGAUCGUGAACAUCGUCAGUAGCGAAAACGAGAGAUCCAACGACGAGAAGAAACCGUCCGAAGCCGCUGCAAAGUGCCAGGAGGUCGAGAAGUCGGACGACAACGCAUCCAUCGACGAAUUCGACGUCGAGGCGCAGAUGAAGAAGAUCACGGGCGACGACGGCAACGACUAUCAGGAGAAGAUCGACACGAGUUCGGAGAAGGACAAGAGCAUGGACGGAAUAGAGGGUCUAAUGGAGAGCUCGAAGGAGGAUUCGGAUUCCGAGGAUAAGGACGUGGACGAUGACAAGUACUGCGAAUCUUCCUUUAAGUUGUUUGCUAUCAGUCACGAGGAGACACCUUUCAAAGAAUCGGACACUAAACCCGAUUCUAAACCGGAACAGAUUAUUGUUGCGGAAGAAGACGACGCGAAAGAGACGGAUCAGGAUGCGAGUGACGAGCCCGCAAAGGAAGACUCUAAGGCCGAACAGUCGCCAGCCCUCGCCGCGUUGUCGGAGGAAUCCAUCUUCGAAUCGGCUUCUACGAACAUGGACGCGGAGUCCAUCGCGGACCCUCCCAAGAUCUUUCACUCGAUUCCACCUUUGAGCGAGCGCAUUCGCAAGAAGGCCGAUCCGUCCGCCACGCCGAAAGCGCCCAAGAUGGAUUUUGAGGCGGCUAUCAUAGAAUCCACGAUAAGUAUGGACGCAGUGGACGGGUCCAAGAACGGCGAGCAAAAGUCAAUUUUGUCAACCGCGCUGCGCGAACUCUUGGAAGCGAAACUGGACGACGAGCCGACGGGCGAAGUAAUGAAAAAUGACAUUGAUAAUAAGAUUAACGCGUCAUCACAAGUAAUUCAACCAAAAUCAGACUCCUCUGAACAUAGUUUAGACACAGUACAAGAUUCGGUUUCGACUCAGGAAGCCCCGAAGCCCGAAGAGACUCCUGCCAAGGAGGAAGAGACCAAACCCAAAGAGAUAAAACGGUUGAAAGACCCGAGGACCGUUGUGCCGAACAGUAUGCCAGCGCCAGCUUUUAAAUCGGACUCUCUUCCUCCCGUCAAACGCAAGUUGUCCAUAUCGGAGUAUCGCAAACGGAAGCAACAGUCAUCCGGAGGAGCCGGAGCCGAGCCGGAAUCGUCGAACGACGCUUCUGCCACGGACAAAAGUGGGGCGCGAGGUAGAUCGGACAGCGCCAGCAGCGGCACUUCUUCGCUCAGCUCCGACGAGGAGGGUUCGAAAGCGUCGCUCUCGCUCGACUUGACAGGAGCCAACGCGUUGACACUCUUCCCCAAUGCUGCUAACGAGAACGAUGAGAAGAAAGGCGGCGAGGAAGGUGCAAUCGGUUGGUCCGCCGCACCAACUUUGGUGGAGCGUCAACGAGAAAAUCUCACCGAGCGAUUGAAACGCGAAUUCGGAUUGUUCCUUAGCGACGACGAGGAGGAGAGGGCUCGCAAGCAGGGUUUGACAGCCGAGGCGAUACUGAAGUCAAAUCUCCUACACAAGUCUCCACCUCACAACUUGGUAGCCAGUGUCUCGCCGGGAUAUCCGGGAUUGCCGCAGUUACCACCGCAGCCGUACAUACCGCCACCCGGCUCGGCGUCCAUCCAUUAUCCUCAGUUCCAGAGCAAACCCGGCGUGGUGCAGUAUCCGAACUUCGCGGUACCACCGCCGACGACGACCCAACAACCGAUAUACGGCACCGCCACGCCGUCGCAAGCGGCCGCGAUCGGCAAGCAGACGCAGCAGACGCAGCAGACGCAGCAGCCGCAACAGCCGCAACAGCCGCAGUUCUUGGUACCCCAGACAUCGUCCCAGGCGCCACCGGGUUCCAAUCCGUAUCCACCGCAAUUCGUUCCGCCGCCGUCGCUGCCGCCGCCACCGCCGCCGCCGCCGGCCACGGGAACGGCGGUGCCGAUCUCAAAGUUCCCGUCGGCGACGCCGCCGCCGCCGCCGCCGCCCCCGGGCACGCAGGUGUCGUAUCUUCCGGCGCCGACGGGACAGCCGCAGAAGCCGUUUUUUAACCACCCAGCGCCGAGAUCGUAACCGACAGAAAAGGGUAGGAUUGUUAAAAGUUCUUAAGUUUUAAACCGACGUUGUUUCACAUUUUCCGCGAUGUCUCGAUUAAACUGAUCAUCUUGCCCGCCCUCCUGUCGACGAGACCAAGUUUUAGGCUCGUUUCUUUGGGAGAAGUGGCAAAGAAUGAAUUCAAAUGGAAUACUAAUCGCUGUGGAAGUUUGCAUUCUUCUCUUAUUACGAGACACUGAGAUAUCAUCUCGCGCGGAAGCGUGCGCCGCGUACAGAAUUCCAACAAUUUCCUAGAUAAUUAGAAAGAGAAUCAUUUUAGUUUCGCGCUGUCGAUUGCUUCUAGGGUUGUCACGUACAUUUAAAGUUUACCGAUACACGUUGGUUCGAUGGUUUUUUCUGUCUCUCAAAAUAUUCGAAGGAAUUCGUGUGGCCUAAGGUGAUAGCUGAGUAUUUUGAGGAUAUAGCGACGCGCAUUUUAGCUAGCAUAUGUCGAGAAAGAGAGCUGUAUUGGUACCUCCUUCGCGGGCAACGGCCAAAAGUGUAUUCGAGUGGCAUACACUUUUUAUACCGGUGAAAUGGUGCCCUAAAUUGUUUAUAUAUAUAGCAUUAGUCCAAUUUUUUGAUAAGGUGUUAACAAAGUUGGAAGCGCGCUUUUACUCGGCCGACGGAGUCAGCUGCUCUCGCGAUAUCCCCUCUAAAAACGGUUAUCAUUAUAUAUACAAUGUGCACCCUGCAUACAAUACAACUUAUCUGUACAUAUUAUUUGCAUAUACAUAUGCAUAAUGUUAACAAUACAGCUAUAUUUAAUGACACUGCAUAUUUAGAUUAGUUUGUAGAUCGUAACCGUAACAAAACCUAGUAUGACACGUAGAUAAGUGAGCUAAUACUGUGUUGUGUUGUUCUUUGACAUAUAAGAAGAGGCAUAAAGAGGCGCGGAAUUCUCUAUAUUUUAUAUUUCACUGUAAAAGGGCAGAUUAUUUAUAAUAAUAAAGGGUAAAUAUUGAAAUUUGAAAGACUUGAGUUUUAUUUUAUAGGAAUUCGUGAAGGUUGCACACGUUGCCGUUCGAUCUCUUUAGUAUGAAGGCGAUGCAUUCUCGACACGCGCGACAGACGUUCUUUUAACGCUUUAAACGUUUUUUUAUUUGGAAUACAUUUAUUUAUGAAUUUACACGAGAUAUCGUAAGUGGGCAGGACAGAUCAGUUGCAAUAAACGGUACGAUAUAACGUACGUACGUUUUAUUCUCUUCGAUACUUUAAAGCAAUAACGCAGAUACACGUUUAGUUAGGAAAAGCGCGAGAGAUUACGGUGCGUGACAAUACGUUCUAUUUGCGAAGUUUUCCUUUUUCUAUUUAGAUCGGUUUCUCCCAAAAUUUCAUUCGCUCAUAACAUUCAUUCAAGUACAAAACUUACUAUACGGUAAAAAAUUAAAAUGCGUAGAGGUAAAUUAUGGUAAAUUAAUGCAGCGAAAGAUUCGUAGUCUAUUUUGUAACUGAGAGCUCCUUCACACGGUCUUUCCGUUUAGUCCGCGAAACACGACGUUGUUCUGUCGUUGACAAGAAGUAUAAUAAUCCUUUAUUCCGAGCGAUAGAUUUGCAUUAAAAAUUAGCUGCGCGUUAGCGACAUCCUUUGGACACGUACUAAUGAUUCAGUGUAUUAUGUAAUCUCGUAAUCAAAGGUGAUCAGAACAAUCGCCUUUUUGUCUAUAAUUUAGAGGCCGUCUAGUUCUAGCUUAACCCAUGUAAUAAAAAUUAUAUAUAUAUUGUAUUUUAUAUAUAAUUGGAAUUAAUAUAUAUAUAUAUAUAUACAUAUACAGCGUAUAAAAAGUUUUUUAGAUUUCGAUGGUGCGAUUACUAGGUGUAUAUAAAGUACGUUACUUGUUAUGAUGCGCGAGGAGAAGCCAAGUUGGAAUUUCUUUGUAAGUUAAUUUUCCUUUGUUUUGUAAUAUAAUGUAUUGUUUGUCUAUUUUCGGUCGCAGACUUUUCCGAAAUCGCGAGGAGCGAGUGGUGAUAAAUAUUAGGAGGAACAACGAAGAAUUAAGUUGCUUCGUUAACAAAAUGAUGCGUAUUUAUGCAGCGCUAAGAGUCAUAAUUACUCACUUUCUCGCAGAAUCUGACCGUGUCGCUUGAAUUAAUUAUAGUACAAUUAGGUGGUAACGUUGAUUAGAAGUUCUUAGACAUAAAUGCGUUACAUGUUAAAGUAAUGUUGCGAUCAAAGUGACAAUUAGAAUCGAUUUCGAAGGGAAGGAUGUAGCCAUAAGCUCAUUUAGACCUCUCAUUGGCAUGGAAAAAGCAAAUAUAUAUUCUAAUUUAUUAUACGAAAUACAAAAGCGUUACUUUUCAUGAAGCUGCAGACUCUCUUAGCUUUGACCUGUGUAGUCUUCUGAUUGUAAAGUAUGUAACUAUGGAUGCGGUUCACCGUAAAAAUACUUCGGAACGUUUGCAACACGACUUUUAUUCAAUGCCUGGCGUUAUUGAUGCGUCACAGAUUUUCGCUCUGUAAAAAUCGAUUUUAGAAAGCACAAGAAACUUUCGACGUACUUAUUAAGAAAAGCUUGAAGUUGGAUUUGUUUGAAAUAAUCUACGGUAAUCUCGUAGAAAUUGUUUCUUUUUUAAAUUGCGCGAGGGGGAAAAAGAAACGAAAAAAGACUACUGGACGAUACCGUAUCAUCCGUGGUGGAAUUAAGAUCCACGUGUAAUGAACAGAGCGAAAACAUCUGGAGCAUUCGGAAGUACCAAAUGUACCGCAUCCGCUGUGUAACCCGAUAUAUUAAUAAGAGUUUUACCUGACCGAAGAUGCAAAAUGUGCAGUGCGGGGUCUUCGACGUGGCGCACAGAGGAAAGAAAAGCGGGACACGCGCGGGGUUCCAAUCCUGCACUGUCGACUUUUAAGCGAAUAUCAAAGUUUAGAGAUCUGUGAUUAGGAAACGAAGAUUAUAAAAGUGGAGUAAAAAAAUUCAUGCGUUCUCUAGGGAGGAUAUUCUUAGCCGGUGGAGCUGCCGGUAUAUGCACAGCGCAUAAUUCGUGGUGCACGAAUGUACGGAUCUCCCCCGUAGACGAGCGCGAAAACCUUCUUCUUCUUUCCCUCUUACAUUGCGUUCGGCUGCGAUUUCAAAGUGUAAACAGACGUAUUUUUGGCAUUUGAUAUUUACUUUUUUAGCUGAUAUUUUGUAAUAAGAAGAAAGACGUGUACACUAUUGUAAGUUACAAAUUGCCGCGAGUGGCGUAACAUUAGACGCAGAGAGGUAGAAGAGUGUACAGCAUAUGUUCGCCACCCGUAUACAUAAUGUGAACAUGUACAUAUUUUUGUAAGAUAAAUUUAAUUAUAUAUGUGUGUAUGUAUAUAAUGUGUAUACGUAUAUAUACAUAUAUGUACAUAUAUGUACACAUAUGUAUACGUAUAUAUAUUAAUAUCUCUCUAUCCUUCGAAUUUUCGUAAAAUUCUAUUGAAAAUCCGAAGAACAAGCUACGAAACAAUUGCUUUGCAGCUAAAUCCAUAUGUUUAUUGUCCGCUGUACAAUUCUCUGAUAGAUGAUACUAUAUACAUAUAUAUAUGUGUGUGUGUGUGUGUGUACGUAUAUGUAUAUAUAUGUAUAUAAUAUAUCUGUACGAUGACAUUCUGACAUAUAGAAGCAGGAGCGACCUUGUUAUUAAAGCAUCUGAUAGUAUAAAAGAACUCGUUAGGAUAAUCGUUUCAAUGUUGUAAAUAAAAGCAGAGCGCGCAUAGCAGUUAUUAUAUAUUAUAUUAUAUUAUAUUAAUAUUAUAUUAUAUUCGCAUAUAUAUAUUCAACUUUAUAUAAUAGGCUGAGAAUACACGAUAAUUUUUUUAUUUGCAAACUCACUGUUACAUGUAUGUGCCUAGUUAUAGCCAUGUUACAAUUAUUACCUAUUACAUUGUAUGAUAAUUUAAUCCAUAUUACCGAUUAUAAUAAAUGUAACAAGUUCUUCGAUAUCAAACUCUACACGAUAUAUUAUUAUGGCGUAACGUGUAAAGAGCUCAUAUUUAGGCAUACGUGAAAAAAUUUAAUAAAUCGGAAUACAUUUUA